AUGUCACUGGCUGAGACCAUUAGCCUCUGGAAUGAGGGGGUACAGGCAGCUGACAAGAAGGACUGGAAGGGGGCACUGAACGCCUUCUCAGCAGUGCAGGAUCCCCAUGCCCGGCUCUGCUUCAACAUGGGCUGCAUGUACAGCAUCCUGGGUGACCUCCCCAAGGCUGAGAAGGCCUUCACCAAGAGCAUUAGCCGAGAUAAACACUUGGCCGUGGCCUAUUUUCAACGGGGGCUGCUGUACCACCGGAUGGGGAACUUGGACUCAGCUCAGCAGGAUUUUCGAGAAGCCCUGAGCCAGCUAAGGGGCAACCAGCUGAUCGACUACAAGAACCUGGGGCUGCAGUUCAAACUGUUCGCCUGUGAGGUGCUAUAUAACAUCUCCUCGGUGCAUGCCAGGAAGGACGAGUGGAAAAAGGCCGAGGAGCAGUUAGCUUUGGCAGCCAAGAUGAAGUCUGAGCCCCGGCACGCCAAGAUCGAGCGUGCCAUGGAAUGCGUCUGGAAGCAGAAGGUGUUCGAACCUGUGUCGAUCCCCGUGGACAGGCUGUUCCGCCCGAACGAGCGGCAGGUGGCACAGCUAGCCAAGAAGGAUUAUCUGGGCAAGGCCACGGUGGUGGCAUCUGUGGUGGACCAGGACAGCUUCUCCGGUUUCGCACCCCUGCAGCCUCAGGCAGCUGAACCCCCACCUAGACCCAAGACCCCGGAAAUCUUCAGGGCGCUGGAGGGGGAGGCCCAUCGCGUGCUGUUCGGGUUCGUACCCAAAACCCCGGAGGAGCUGCAGGUGAUGCCCGGGAACAUCGUGUUUGUGCUCAAGAAAGGCAGCGACAACUGGGCCACGGUGCUCUUCAACGGACAGAAGGGGCUGGUGCCCUGCAAUUACCUGGAAGCCGUGGAGCUGCGGAUCCACUCUCAGCAGCAGCCGCAAGAAGAAGCUGCCCCCGAAGAUAUCCCAGCUCCCCCUACUUCCCGAGCCCCUGGGAGACCCCUGUCAUCAGGUGGGGAAGCAGAAGAGGACCCCCAGGAGGUCCAGCUCAAGGUGCCCACACCCUACACCCUCAAAGUGCACCACAAGUUCACCGUGGCCCUGGAGACCCAGCCCGGCCUCCCCUAUGCUCAACUGAAGGCUGCCGUGGCACAGAAGCUGCAGCUUCUGCCUCAGUACAUAAAGCUUAGCUACCGGUCCCAGAAUGGGGGCACACUGGUGGCUCUUUCUGAAGAGAGCAUGAAGGCAGCCUGGGCAGAGAUGAAGGACUUCAGCCUGACGCUGUGGUGUGAGAGCACCGUGGGGGAUGGAGGGUUUCCAGAAGAGCCUGAGGAGCUGGCCGACUUGGAGAAACGGAAACUGGGGGCCACGGAGCUGGAAGGAGGGAGCCAGGUGGUGGCACUCUUCAGCUAUGCGGCCACCCAGCCUGAGGACCUGGCGUUUGAGGAAGGGGACACCAUUCGGGUGCUAUCGCUGGUGAAUGAAGAGUGGCUGGAAGGCGAGUGCAAAGGCCAGGUGGGCAUCUUCCCUAAGGCAUUCGUGAAGGCAAAGGAGUCCAACCAAGGGCAGGACGGAGCCCCUGGAAUUUCGACGAAAUCCACGCUUGAAACCGGCUUAAAGGGGGGUGGGGAGACCCGGCUGCUGCUUCUUGGCAAGAUGCACGCCCAGGAGAACCGUUGCUAG